AUGGAAAAUGUGGUAACGAAAAUUCAACGCAAGUCGAGCUCAAUAAACAAAGCGAACAAGAAAAAAGCCUCUAGAGCAAAAACUAAACGAAGACAAAAAGCAGCGAAAAGAAAAAUACGAAGAAAGCAUAACAAAAUUAAAUACUACGAAGCCUUAAAACGGGUCAGAUAUCGAAGAAGUACUGAAGAUUUAUGUUCGGCUGUAGAAGUCGUCGAAAUUAACGAUAUGGACUGGAAAACUACACAAUUUUCCUCGCAUUUACCGGUAGAGAUCGUAGACUGGCAUAAGCAGGAACAAAUAGCCUACUGGAAAUCCAGAGCUGUUAGUUUAGAACUGGAAAAUAGAAUGUUAAAACAGCAUUUGAGGAACGUAUAUGCCCAAACUAUAGUCGAUAGCUUAAAUCUAGAAGAAAGCGCCAACGAGGAACCCGUAGCAGAAUGUAGCAAUAAGAAAAAGGAUAAAAUUAUUAAAGAAGUAAUACCUAAUCUACCUAAACCUGAAUUUAAAAACAGAAUGGAAGAAAUGAGGAAAAUAUAUGGUGAUAGAGCUGAAAAACUAAUCUGUAUGGAAACUGGAAUACAGUUGAAUUAUGAGAGAACUUUGGAAGAACAUAAACCUGCUUUUUGGCCUACUUUACCUCUAAACUUGAAAUUUAAAGAUUUUAUUUAUAUUUGUAAAAAUAAAAUCAUGGAUUUCGGCGAAUUGCUUCACACGGCGAAAAAGAUCGACAAAUCAAAGGAUCAAAGGGUCAAAUACUAUAGUACGAAGUUCGAGCCACCAAAGAAGGAAAAAAAGACGAGCCAACUUUCUGAUAACAUUAAAAAGUUUUUAGCUAAGAAGGAGGCUGAAGAGAAGAAAAAGGCAUUGGAAGCAAGACAGAAACGCGAUGAAUUACUUGCGUUACGGUCGCAGGACAAAAAAGCCACCAAACGGGUAAACGUCAUGUUGAAAAGAACAAAAUCUGCAAACCAAUCAGUCAUUGAAGACGCCAUCGAUAAUGACAACACUGCCGUUACUUUGGCCGGUCCCAUGCAGCCUGAUGAAGACGAUUAUGGGUACGUGUCGCAAGAGGCGUCCCAAUUUUACAAUAAAAUGAUGGAGAAAUACAACAAGAUGCCGGAGGAGCCCAAAUUUGACAUGUCCAAGAAGAAGGUCAGCACGAAUUUGGGCAGCACUAAGGAUAGGGUGCGAGCGGCCUUGGAACGGGAGAAGGAGGAAGCCAUGUUGCCACAUAAGAGGAAAAGAAAACAUAAAGAAAAGGAAGAAGAUGAAGAAGGUGUAUCUUAUGGCGCGCCGGAAAGAACAAGUGAUGAAAAAAGUAAAGAUGACCGAUCUGAUAAGGAGAAAAUGCCGCCUCCAAAGCCGAAACCGAGGGUGGCGGCACCGCCUCCGAUGAAUUUUGCUGAUCUUCUAAAGAUCGCGGAAAAGAAACAAUUCGAACCAAUCAAAAUCGAAAAAAAGGAGAAGGAGGAUGAACGGCUGUUGACGAAGAAGCAGCGGAGGGAGAUGGAAAGAGAACGUGAAUCUCAAAUGAGAAGAGAAGAGCGCAGAAGGCACAUACUGUCUAACGGUAAAAUACCAAAAGUGGGUGCUAAAACGGAAGAAAAAGAUAAGGAUAAGGAAAAGGAAAAACCUGAAAAAUCGACGAUGAAGAUUCCUAAAAUUAGUGAUAGCUCUAAAUCGAUCAAUAGUAAUUCGAAAGUAGAUGGGGAAAAGUCAUCUAGUAAGUUAAGUAACGGGAAAGAUAAGGAUAGAGAAAAGACUAGUGGUGGUAAGAAUUCUACAAAAAUUUCCCCUAAAGUCAAAGUCGAAAUUCCCGAUGAUAAGGACUAUAUACCUGGAAAAUAUUUACCUGGUGAUAUGAGGUAUCGACCAGAACUAGAAAACAAAAAACCUUCCACAAGUGAGCUUAAUUCCAAAAAACGAAUUGAAAACAAUCAAAAACCACCUAUCAAACCAAUCACUGAUAAAAAACCACUGCCUACUGUUUCACAACAACAACCUCAACAAUACAGGAAGUCAUCUUCAAUGGACGCGAAAGAUCGUGAUUCUCCCCAUAACAACAAUAAAUCCCAACAUCAGAGUACAUCGUCGAUGAAGGUGCCUCAGAAGAAACCCUCCAUGGAACCUCAAGCCAAGAAAUUUCCUCCAGAGGACGUCAGAAGGAAACCUCCGGUUAAGUUGCCUCCUAAACAGUUCCCACCUCCUGAUAUCCAAAGAAGAGAUGAAAGGCUGGGAAUGGGCAGUUCCAGAAAAGGGAUGCCGGUCAAGAGAGGACGAAUAUUGGACGAUGACGAUUCAGAGUACGAUUCGGAAAUGGACGAUUUUAUUGAUGACGAUGACGUAGGGGAUGAUUAUUCCAAAUAUAUUUCCGAAAUAUUCGGUUAUGAUAAAUCGAGAUACAGAGAUUUAGAUGAGGAUGACGCCAACAUGGAAUCGACAUUUGCUCAGCAGAUGAAAGAAGAGGUUAUCAGUACUAAGAUAGGAAUAAUGGAAGAUCUGGAGGAGGAGAGGAAAGAGGAUGAAGCGCGGCGGAAGAAGUUGGUAAUGAAGAAGAAGAUGAAGUCUUGA